GGGCGAGCCACAGCAAGGAACUCCACUAUUAUCUUAACCUCAUAACUAAACAUGUCUGCUCCAAACCCAAAGGCCUUCCCGCUCGCCGACUCCGGCUUGUCCCAGCAAAUCUUGGACGUUGUUCAACAGUCCCACAACAUCAAGCAAUUGAAGAAGGGUGCUAACGAAGCCACCAAGACCUUGAACAGAGGUAUCUCUGAGUUCAUCAUCAUGGCCGCUGACACCGAACCAAUUGAGAUUUUGUUGCACUUGCCAUUGUUGUGUGAAGACAAGAACGUUCCAUACGUCUUUGUCCCAUCUAAGGCUGCCUUGGGUAGAGCUUGUGGUGUCUCCAGACCAGUUAUUGCUGCCUCUGUCACUUCUAACGACAACUCCCCAAUCAAGAACCAAAUCUACGCCAUCAAGGACAAGAUUGAGACUUUGUUGAUUUAAGUUGAAUCGAGAUAUCUUUUCGCAUUAAAAAUUACUUAGUUGACGGUUUCGGUUUAGCAUUUGGUUGCUGGCUGAUCUGCCUGUAUAUUAUUAUGUAAUUUUAAAAUAAUCAUGUUUUCCUACCAGC